AUGACAGAGGCCCGUAUGCUCCUCGUCUUAACCAACGACCUCGUCCGCCACUGCACCGAAACAAGCAGCACGGUUCUAGUUACCAAGUGUGGUCACGCCGACGCCAGAGCCUGGAAGGAGCUGCGACGCAGGGACAACAUCCGCGUCUACAAGGAGCGAGCGCGCUCCAGGGCCACGCCCACCACCCCGUCCCUGCUGCUGCUCGGCACCGUCAAGGGCAACCUCGACGACGUCAUGUACGCCAUGGUGACCCCCACCGAGCAGGCCAUGAAGAUCAAGUCCAACUGCACGCACGACGGCGUGAUCGACCGCAAGGUGCUGCACGAGAUCGUGCGCCCCAGCGUGGACGACCCGUUCCGCCACGUGAGCGUCAACUGGUCGCUGUACGCCGACUCGGAGCCGCACGACUACGUGUGCGUCGAGGCCACGGGCGUCACGCACACGCUGCGCGGCGAGCGCGUGGGCUUCCACCUGUCGCACUCGGUGGCGUUCUCGCAGCUGCCGAGCUUCUCCGAGUCGCACGGCGUGGAGCGCGGUCACCGGUCGAUCUGCUCGCUGUACCGCGAGACGACGGCGGGCGAGGUCGAGUGCUACGUGCGCGGCUUCUUCGACUUCCGCGACGGCGACAACGAGCUGCUGACCAACAUCGCGCUGCACGCGAUCGCCAACCAGUGGCUGUCGUUCUCCCGGCAGAUCGAGUUCGCGCACAUGAAGAAGCUCGUGUGGCGUCUGCGUCGCGAUCGAAGCGACUCGGAUGGCUUCAACAACCAAAACCAUGCAAUACGAGACGAAACCUGCUGCGUCUGCUUCAAGUCGUUCGGGUUCCUGGGGCGGAAGACGUCGUGUGCCAGUUGCGUACGAGCGGUGUGUCCUCGGUGCCGCGUCAAGAAAUUACUGUGUACCGAGACGUCCGAUGGGCGAAUAGUGACCGAAAAGAAGGUCGCGUUCUGCAAAACAUGCCUGCGUGAGAGCUUAUCGAGCAGCGCCCGCGUGAUAGCGCACCAGGAGCUGCAGUUGAUUGAAGACAAAGCUCUUGUCCAGUCCCGAAGCGAGCUGAUGAAGCUGGCACGGAAGCGAACGCCCUCCUGGAUCGCCACCACUUCCUCGUUUCGGGUGCUUCGUAUGUGA